AUGAGUGAAAAAGCAAUUUCCAAGACUGACAUUCGAAGAGUAAGACCACUAUCAGAAAGAGCUCGAAAUUUACUGAAAAACUUCAACUCUUCCAAUCCUAGCAACUUUUUAAACAAAUUCAAAGACAAAAUCGAUACUCUUAGCCCAUUUCUGCAAAAGAAGAUAGAGAAUUUAGGGACAAAUAAGCAUAACAGGACUUGCGAAUUCAAAGAGACAAGCCUCUACGAUAAAUACAGCUCAUUUUGGAAAAAACCAAAAAAUUCAGCUUCAGAUGUAAAGCUCUUCCUUUAUAUUUUUGAAAAGAUGAAAGCCCGCAGGCUAAGAGAUUCUUUACGGAUUCUUGACAAAAGAUCAAAUGAUUUGCCAUUUGCAGCAACAAUCUGUCCUAGAUGCAAUUAUGUUGGCUUAACCUUACUUACCACAUCAACGAAGGAAAAAUUAUCACCAAGAUUUUUAGAUAAAAUCAAAAUGAUUUUACCAUCUAAAACUAAUGCAGUAUAUACAACUGUGCAGCCAACGCAAGAAGAAAAAGAAUUGUCUCUAUCUUAUGCACCAACUGAAUACAGAUAUUCUAAAAGCUCAAUUUCUCAUGAUAUUGAUUCACCAGUAAAAGUUAACCUUAAUAAAACUCCAACUUAUCACAAGAAAAAUAUUUCUGAGUUGCCAGAUUUAAGUGAAAUCCAGAAAAAUUUCAGUGAAAAGCAUUCAAUGUACUCUGACGAUUUAUCAGACUAUGAAAACAGCCAUGCAUAUAAUUCACAAAAAUAUAAAGAUGAUAUAUCAUUUGAAUGUUUUGACCAGUUUCUUUAUUCUGAAACAAAUUCGAAAAUAAAUGAUACCAAUAUCGGAAAAAACAAAACAGUUAUACCGAAGCUAAAUAUUUCUGCUAUCAAAAAGCCUCCAAGAUAUAAAAAUAUAAUUACAAAUAUUGACCCAAAAGGAUCGAUUGAAGUUUUGACUGGAUCUCCAGUUUAUCAUGAAGCAUCUAAAGGGCUUGAGAAAUUAUCUAUAUUAAUGAAAAAGCAUUUAAAGCCUUUAUAUUCUAGAAUAUUUAUUAAAAACGAAAGAAUUUUAGAUCAAUCACUCUCUUUUGAAUUUAGUCGAGAAGAGUUUCAAUCUAGCAGAAUUAAUUUAGACUCGAUAUUAGAAGGGACGUUUGACUUCGAAGGACCAGCACUUCAUGCAAAAAUAGAAGAGAAUUCGAUUUCUACAAGAAAAAAAUUGCCAGAGCCAUCUUUGAAUCAAAAAACAGCGUUUAGGAUUUUUCAUUCUAAAGUAGGGAAACUAAUAUUUAGAAGGAAGAUGUCAGCAUUUUUUAAACUUGCAGAAUUAAAAAAAUAUAAUGGUUUUGCUAAAUAUGGCAACAAAAUUCCAAACAUUUUUAAGUAAAAAAUUACCUUUUGCUCUUAAGAAUCGUAGUAUCUUACUUUAAAGAGUAUAA